UCUCUACUCUCUCUCUAAAAAUCUAAUUUCCUUUUUUUUUUGUUAUUUAGCAAAUAAGCCCUUUAAUUAUCGUGUGGAAUAAGUUAACCUCAAAGCCGUUGAGGGUCUUAGUGAUUUACAACUUACAAGGGAUGGUUCAAUGGUUUGCUAUAUCUGGAUGCAUUGAGUAAUAAAUAUGUACACAUGCCAAAAAAACACACACAAACUAACACAUCCUCCAUUAGAAAGCUUUUAUUGUUGACAAAAAAAUGAAUAUCCAAAUGUGUAUUUUGCAUAUAUCAAAAUUGUAAAGAUUUUAAACGUUAUGAAUAUUAAAUGGAAAGAUUUUAAAAUAAGUAGAUCUUAAAUGAUUUUUAAGCAUGUUUCCUUUAUGUGUUUUAAAGAGAUUUUACAUUGUAUGAAUAUUAGCAUAAUUUUAACAUUACCACUAUAUUUAUGUAUCUCAUUAUUUCAUAUCAAACACAACUCAGUAAUAUAUUCAUAUUCUCUAAUUAUAUCAUCGAUCUUUGUCAUAAUCAUCAACAUGUCAUCCAGACAGGUCGUGAAGAAGAUAUUUGCAAAUUUUGAGAAUAGUAACGAUGGUGUCAUUAGACAAGGAAUUACCAAGAGUGACCAUGAGUUACUGGACCCGUUCGUGUCGCUUGCUGAAUUUUCUGUUUCACCUCCAGGUGGAUUCCGAGAUCAUCCUCAUAGAGGUUUUGAGAGUGUUACAUACAUGUUGGAGGGAGGCCUCAUUCACCAAGACUUCAAUGGUAACAAGGGUAAAGUCCAUGAAGGAGAUGUUCUGUGGACGACAGCAGGAAGAGGAAUCAUUCAUUCUGAAAUGCCUAAAGAACACACUAACAUUGGCUUACAGCUUUGGGUCAACCUCCCUUCAAGUGACAAAAUGAUCGACCCAGCAAACGUAGAAAUAUCGAAUUCUGAGAUGCCAGUAGCAUAUGAAGAAGGAGUAGAGGUCAAAGUCAUAGCAGGAGUGUCAAUGGGAGUCCAAUCUCCUUUCUACACAAGGAUACCAAUGAUGUUCCUUGACAUAACUCUCCAGCCAAGGUCUCAAACCCACCAGACUAUUCCGGAGUCGUGGACCGCCUUUGCAUACGUUUUAGAUGGCAAUGAAGGCGUGUUUGGCUCCUCAGACUCUUAUGCAGUGCAAGCACACACUCUUGUGGUGUUUGGAACAGGAGAUGAAGUUAGCGUGUGGAAUACGUCAAACUAUAGGCCGUUGAGGUUCUUGUUGAUUGCAGGAGAACCGAUUGGGGAGUCUGUGGUUCAACACGGGCCAUUUGUGAUGAACACACAAGCUGAGAUUGAUAGGACCAUAUGGGACUAUCGCAAUGGCCAGAAUGGCUUUGAGAUGGCUAAGCACUGGAGGUCAGACUGAAACGAUUCUGAAACAAUAACAUAUGCUUUUUUUAGUAUACUAUUUUUUUAAUAUUUCGAAUGGUUUUAAUCUUACAAGUUUAGGCAAUAAAGAAGAGUCUACGUUUCAAAAAGUUUAUCAAUUCUAGCUAGUUCAAUUUUAAUUAGCACUAUAUUUACAAUUUGAAGUCGAAGUGAACCAAAUUUGUUGUUCAUCCCUAGAAUUAAAGCCUAUUUUCUUCACAAAAUAUAUUACAUCAAAGCCUAUACAGAAGAAAUUAGAAGAAAAGUCAGAACAUCAAGUUGAUUGCUUGUAAUUAGCGGAAGAUGAUAAGAAAACAUUUCCCAAAAAAAAAGAUGCUAAUAAAACAAGUCGAAUGACACUGUUAUAAACACAAAGUUGAGACACACUCAUGGCUUUGAGAUGGUAAAAGAGGCAUGGAUGAAUCCAAAAGAACUUUGAAACCAGGAAAACUCUUUCAAAUAACGACAAAUCCAUUAUAGUGAUGUAAAUGAAACACGUUUAAGUAGAUAACAAGCUGAGGUUAUCAAAAUUCCUUUAAUAUAAAAGAGAGAGAAAGGAAUUAUUAACUAAAAUGAUCAACAAUAUAUAUGAAAGAUACUUCGGAGUUGGGAAAUAACUAAAUAAGUUAUGUGAUAAUAUAGAUAUUGGCUGAUGAAACUACCGAAGUGUUCACAGACUAAUCAACAGAAAAAAAGGAGAAAAAAAAACUGCUUAGUAAAAAUUAGUUAAUGCUAAACCAAGACCUGACCGAACGGUCCGGACUUAUAUGUGUGCAUGCAUGGGACCUAGUGGUGAUGGCUUGCUUCUAUAAUCACUAACCAGCUGCAUAAAAUAUCGAAAUAUAUAUCCUUAUAUAAUAUAACAAUAUAUAUAUAUAGUAUAUGAGUUGGUUUACCUAAUUUAUGUUAAUAUUGAUAUUAUAUUAUAUAAAAAGUAGUAGACUGCAUAUAUAAAUACAAUGUUUGGUAGUACAUCUAGCAACUACUUACCAAUCGCCUGUUUUUCGUAAUUGUACUAAGCUUUCGUUAUGUGAAUUCUUGGUACAUAUACUAUGCAUGACCUAGAUUUUUGUAAGGCUUUCAUCUACAAUUUGUUUUGUUAAUUAGUGCAACAAAAAAAAUUCUUACAGGAAAAGUAAAUCCGCAUAAAUAUAAUGUGAAGCACAAUCUUUUUGACAUAGUACACACGUACACAAGGGAAGAGUACCUGCACUGAAACGUUCUUACGUAACAACAUUAUAUGUAUAUUUGACUUGAAUGAAAGAUUUUUAAAAACAGGAGCGAUUUGCGUUACGUUUUCUUCAGUAUUUAGACAAGUGUACGGCGUCAUUUGUUAAUUGAGAUUAGUUAAGGACUCAAUUUGACUCCGUUAAUGUGUCAUAUUCUUAGUUUAGUUUUUAAACUACUAUUAGGUGUUGGACUUGUUUAAGGGAUUGCAUGUGAAAUUAAUUGUUCCCAUAAUAAUAUACAAAUACUAUACAUGUAUCUGCCAGCAACGUGUAUUUUUUCUCUUGAGUUCGAGUUCGCGUUUGUUAAUAACACUAUAAAAGUACUAAAACUCAUGACGGAAGUUACAUUUCGACAUUUUCCACCUCUCUGGUAACAAAAGUAGAGUCAACACUCAGCAAAAAGAAGUAACAGGUUGAGCCAGUGACAAACUAAGAGAAUUUGACCGAUACGUGGCCAUGUGAGCAUGUGAGUGGAAUUUGUAAUCGUUUGCAAACAAUCAUUCCAACAAUUCGUUUCUUCAUCAAUUUGUCGAGACAUGUUUGUAGCCAUCUUUUAAAUUUAAAAUACCACAUCUUCAUACAACUUUUGGAGUAAAUACCACGUCACGUUUAUAUCUACUAUAAGGGUCCAGGGAUACAUUUUUAAAAAUAAAUGGUCUUCCUUUUUAUAAUGGAAAAUAAAAAAUAUAAUUGUAAUCAACUUUGUAACGUGAUCUUGAAGUUAAAGGUAGCAAGUUUUGCUAUGCGCUUAACUACGUGGAUCGAGCUGUCUAUUUCUCUUGAUUUUGAUAUAUCUUUAGUCUAAGAACAUAUAUGUACCUAGAGGUUACCAAUUUUCCUACUGCUAAUGAUUCUCGGUGUGGUUUGUGUUCGGUUUGCUUUUCAGAAGCCCUAGGAACCAUAACAUCAAAGUUUGAGGGCGCCUUUUUUCUCGGUAGCUCACCAUUUUCUUUGGGUUUGAGCUCACCACUUAGUACUUUCAGUCCUCACCAUUUUCUUUGGGUUUGAGCUCGCUUCAUUGGCUUCGGCUUUUAAGUCCAACUACUCGUCUUUGCUUUAGAGUUAGUGUUGUUAUGAUGAGCUUUGAUGUUUAGUUUAAGUUUCUUGUAACUUCUGUUACAAACCAAAAAUUACGUAUAAUAAUUUAACAUUUUUACCAAAAAAAUAUAUUAAAUGUGACCGUGAAAAUUUUAGAGAUAUUGGUUGAGAUGUAUCAAGGUACUUUAGCUUUGGUUUUUAGCUAAA